UCGGCGGCGUCGAGAGCUCCCUAUGACGUCAUUUCUCUGGAAACAACAUCUCGAAAGGGGAUGGAAGCUCGUCAAGAGAGACGCCGUGUUCCUGCUUUUUAUUCUCGAGAACGUGAUAACGGGCGUGUUAAGUGGUAACGUUAACGUUGGAAGGUUUGCUUUGGCACGAUAUACAAAUAAAAACAGGAACAAGAUAGCAAUGGCAAGUGGUUGUUAUUGAAAAGAAGAAAAAAAGAGUAAGACCACAGUCAUCGAAUAACUAAUUUGGCUUGACUAUGAACCGGCAACUUGACUCUGUUGCCGUCGAGGACAAGCAACAAGCGUUCUCGAGCGGCGCGUGAGACCGGGCAUCGAUUUAGCCGGGAAAACAUGACACCGAGGAGAGACCAAAGGAGAAAUCAUCAACGUCGUCCAUCCUCUGCACGUACGAUAAUGUGCGAAAAACAAACAGCAAUAGACGGCACAGAUGUACAUCGGAAAGCGAGGGACACGGCACGCCUGUAGAUAGCCGCCGAUAUGCCGGACUAGAGCGUGAGAUGGACAGCGGGGUAGUGCGCUAGAGAGAAGAGUUCAAGUUCAUUCUCUUGAAUUAAUAAUCGUAAAUAACAUCGUAAUAACAACUCUGUCUAAGCAAAUAGGCUAAAGGUGCAUUGAGAGAGAGAGAGAGAGAGAGAGAGAGAAAGAGAGAGAGAGAGAGAGAGAGAGUGAGAGAAAUUUUGUUAUUGCGAAUGUUGAGAAAUCAUAGAAAAGAAAAAGAAACAACGAGUAGAGAUCGAGAGAAUGAGCCACGCUCAACAGCAUGUGCUUGCGAGCGCCAUAGUCCUCGCUCUGAUAGUGGUCUUCGGUAUCCACGUCUUCCUCUUUCCCAUGUACACCUCCAGCCCGGCGCCCAGGCACACAAAGAUCUCAUCGUACGAGCAAGCAUUAUGUCGAACCAAUCUGAAAUACGUCAGAGUACCACCAGAAUGGAGGAACCCUUGUCCGAAAUAUGGAAUCGUCACAGCUGUUCAGGGUGGUCGACUUGGCAAUCAAAUUUGGGAGUAUGCUUCGGUAUGGGCCACUGCUAGGAGAACGGGUUUAGAACCGUUCAUGCCUCGUUGCAUACUGAAAACUCUUGAGGAACAUUUCGAGAACCUCAGUAUACCACCUUUGAGUUAUAUAGGAAGAUGUACUCUUGACGUCGGCCAAGUGGUCAACUCGCUUGGUCAAUGGAACAGCACCGAACAGAACAUCAUCAUACCGAGGCACGCAGCAUACUGGUCCCUGAUUUUUGUCUGGUUGGACGACGUACGUCGAGAAUUUACAUUCAAAGCAAGUUUAAGAGCUUACGCUAAUACGGUAUUACGUGAAGUAGCAGACAAAUUCAAUCUCUCCCAGCCGACUUACGUAAGCGUACACGUUAGGAGGACCGAUUACGUCGAUUAUCUCUGGCAAAAGCUUAAAGUCAGGCCGGCACCAAUAAGUUAUUACUUUGCAGCGAUGGACUACUUUCUCGGGAAAUACGAUAACGUGGUAUUCGUUGUUACCAGCGACAAUAUAGCCUGGUGCAAAUACAAUCUACGUAGCAAACGUCACAGAAUAAGUUUCGUUUCGGAAGCCGAUGGUAGAGGACCCGGUAAGGAUUUAGCUGUUUUGUCCGUGUGUAAUCACAGCAUCAUAGAUUACGGCACCUACGGUUCAUUCGGAGCUAUUUUAGCUGAUGGCGAAACUAUCGUUUAUAACGUAACCACAUACUUUUCCACCUUGAUCGCUGAGGCCUUACCCAAGUGGAGGAUUAUGAGUUGAACCAAAUCAUAGAUAAGAUUUCAACAAAACUAAACCAAAAUAUUAACAAAACAUUAAUCGGUGAAUCUAUUGUAAUUGCUCCUUGGCUAGGUAUAUAGAUUCAAACGAAAGGAUAGCAUAGAUAUAUAGGCAGAUAGACAAACAGAUAGACAAGCAGAUAGAUGAAAACGGA